AUGAGGGGCAUUUGUGCAGUGUUUUUCGAUGUUGUUUCAGUCCUAGUGAUCAUCGCCAACGCGCUGGUCAUGGGCUUCAGCACAGACUUGUCGCCCUCCAACCCUGGUUGGGACAUCGCAGAACUGGGCUUCUUUGCCUACUACACCUUGGAAUACAUCAUCAAGCUUUGCCUGCAAGGGUGUAAUGGAUAUUAUUUUGGGGAAGAGGCUGCUUGGAACUGGUUUGACAACACGUGUCUCAUAGUCUCCUUCACCGAAUUGGUCGUGACCUACACAGUAAAUCCCACAUUAGAUGGCCAAGGAGGUUUCAUGCUGAUGCGAAUGCUUCGGCUCGCACGCCUAGCGCGCCUGGUCCGGCUGAUGCGCUUCCGCAUGUUUCGAGAGCUGAAGCUGAUGGUCUUGGGGCUCUUCUCGGGGCUUCGGGCACUGGGUUGGGCCAUUGUGCUGCUGAUGUUUAUCAUUUACACCGUCGGCGUGCUCAUGCGGCUUGUCAGCGAUGUGGAGGAGUUCUCCUCAAUGCCGAGCUCCAUGUUCACACUGUUCCGGUGUCUCGGGCCUGACGGAUGCUCAGCAUACGAUGGCACCCCGCUUCCCGAGCGUUUGCGCUUGGAACUGGGGACGCCCUUCUUCGUGCUUUACAUCCUGACUUCCAUGAAGCUUGCCUAUGAUGUCAAUCUGCGAUUCUUCUGCUGCUGUGUGUACCGACCUCCAGCUCCACAUCCGGCGGUUCCUCUGCGAACCGGCUUCAGAGUCGGAGCGGAACCUCUUCGACCGCCUCAGCGAGUCUGCCCAGCAGUCGCUUGCUGGUGGUGGUGGCGGUGGAAGAAGCUUGCCCACAUCACUGAAGAAGGCUACCACCGCGAUCAGGCGACGAAGAAGAAGAUAGCUGAGGCCACGUACCAGAUCUUGCAGGAAGACCAGGUUUCCAUCUCUAAAGACAUGUUCACCGUUUGGCUUCAAGAUCCUGAAUUCGUUACCAUGCUGGAGGAGGCCGACGUCGAUAUGUCGGACAAGUUUCGCAUGUUUGAUAUCUUGGAUGUGGACAUGGGAGGUGCCUCGGGCAAUGCACCGGCAGUGAAUGUUCACAGCAGCCUGACUUGCAGCAGCCUCUUGGGCUAUCAGCUUGCCGGUGAGCUGUCAGCAGAUGAGCUGGUGACAGGUCUGAUGCAGCUUCUUGCUGGUUUUGGAGACACGCUUGUCAAAACACAAGCAGCCAUGAGAGGAAGGUACUCCCUAAACCCUAUGCCACCUCCAAGGUUGCGAGGAGAUGUCUCGCGGCUUGAAGGCAUACGGAGAUUGUAUGAUAUUGGAUUGUACUACAGUAUAUAUUAUUUGGUUGUAGGAUACUAG